UAAUGACAUAUUUUUUGAUUAUCAGUUAACAAAUAUUUCAAAAAUUCUUUGGAAGCAAAUACUCGGAACUCACCUCAAAUUAAUUGAUGUGGAAGUCUGUGUUGUAUUAUUGUCUUGCAAAGGCUUAACUGAAUACUCAAAUAGUAAACCAUCAAAUUCUCAUCAUUAGUUGUAACCAGAAAAUUUCAAGAUGUUAUCAUAUUUCUUCAACAUUAAAUACAAUGAAGUCGACAUCCAAGAGGUUCUCAUAAAUCUACUAUAUGCCGUAUUUUCAAUCGAAAGUAAUAAAAAGUACUUACAACCAUUGUUAAUAGCAGGAAUUUAUGUUGUGAUUGUGCUACGCCUCUUAAAUACUUACGACUGGUUCCAUGAUGCUUUGCGCGUUUUACAUGCGUUCCUACAAAAUGCUUGUCAUCUGAGAAGAAUACUAUCCAUAUUUGGUAGGGCAUAUCCUGAAUUAAAGAAGGAAGAAAUACAUGAAAUGAAUAAAAAAGAUGAAAACGAUAUAAAAGAUGAAAAAGAUGAAGAAGAUGAAGAAGAUAAAAUAGAUGAAAAGGAUGAAAAAGAUGAAAAAGAAAAUAUAUUUGAGAAUAUUAUGGAUGAAGAAACUAUUUUCUUUGAAAAAUUGCAAUGUAGAAAAAGUCCAUAUGUCUCGGAAGAUCUUGGUCUACCUCCCGCUAAAAGAAAUUUAAAUGAGUUCGUAGAAUACACGAUGUCACCAGAAGACCUGUUGAAGCAUGUGAAAUUUAUCGUAGAUAGUGAUCCCACCAUCAUUGUUUGUGAAAGUGAUAAAGUAGAUGUUUCAAUAAACGGCAUUGCUGAUCCAGAUCACGUUAAUAUACUCGAUAUGUCAACUGAUGAUUUAAAAUGUAGUUUAAACAGUAAUAAUAUCAGUGACGAAACUAUUUGGAGUGGCUUCGGCGAAUCUGAAAAUAGUGAUUUAUUGAAUAUUAAUCUUGACAACACAUUUGGCAUGGCUUCAUCUCAUGAAUCACAGUUUUCAUCAGCUUCACAGGAUUUAUCUGUCCUUGUUCCAGACUUAGUAACAUUUACGGAUUCUGAAACACAUACGCUAAUUAAUGAACAAUCAAAACCUUCUGUGUCUGAUGAAUCUGGAUAUAAAAGUGCCUCAUCAAUGUUUGUUGAAAACAUUGAAAACAAGACAUUACCAGAAGAGCUCUACAAUAGUAUGACAACUAAUUCAACUUCCAGUGACGUGGAUAAUAUAGAAUAAGGUUCCAUCACUUUUUUUUGACAACAAAACCCAUUGUCAUUAAAUCAUUUUUAGCAACAAACCUCAAAUUCAAAUAAUUAUUCAAGAAACGUUGCCGAUUGAAUACAUAUCAGAAAUUCACCAUUUAAGAGA